UUAAAUAAUAAGCAAAACAUUUAGCGCUUAUACAGUUUAAUUAGACCCCUUUGUCCUUCCUUUGUAUAUUCUAAAUGAUGUGGUGCCUUGUCUGCUGAUACAGCCGGUAUGGAGUCGCAGGUCGUCACUAACCAAGAGGAGAUCACCACCUUGUACAGGGAGCACAGCCGCUUUCCCUCCCUGUCCAAAGCCUGUGUUGGACCAGUGAUUACUUCCCAGUAUGGAGGCAAAUACAGCAACAUCUACACAGAAUGGAGCCAGCGGGAUUUGGAACGCAAUGAGAACGUCAAGUUCUGCAGGCAGUACAUCGCGUUCCACGACGACAAGACCAUUGUCUAUUCUGGUCCAUCUGGAAACUGCACAGAGAUAAAGGGAGAGCUGCUGAGCAAAGACUCCCCGUCAGGAGCGAUGAAAGCUGUCAUCAGGGAGUGCAGCACCAAAGGAGAGGAGAAACAAUUUCUCGAGAUCUGGAGCAAGAACUGCAAAGUGAAAAGCAUCAAUCUGACAGGACUGAAGAAGCAUGGCAAAGUCUUUGACGAUGACCAGUUUGGAUGCCUGGUGUGGUCUCACUCAGAGACCCACCUCCUGUACGUGGCAGAGAAAAAGCGACCGAAGACAUGCUCGUUUUUUGAGACGGAGUCCCCAGAGCUGAGUGGUCUGGGGGAUGAGGUGGAAACUCUGAAAGCCGACAAGAAAGACAGCAUCAUCAAGGGGGAGCAGUUUGUGUUCUAUGAAGACUGGGGGGAAACCCUGGUCAACAAGAGCACUCCAGUCCUGUGUGUCCUUGACAUCGAGAGCAACAACAUCUCUGUGCUGGAGGGGAUCCCAGAGAACAUCUCACCUGGGCAGGCAUUCUGGGCUGCUAACGAUACUGGGGUUGUCUUUGUGGGGUGGAGGCACGAGCCGUUCAGACUGGGACUCAAGCACUGCCCCAAUAGAAGGUCCUCCUUGUUCUACGUGGAUCUCAGUGGUGGUAAAUGUGAGCAGCUCUCCUCGGACACAAAGGCGGUGUGCUCCCCCCGUCUCAGUCCGGAUCAGUGCCGGAUCGUCUACCUGGAGUGUGGAGUGUUCGGGCCCCAUCAGCAGUGCAGCCGGCUGUGCAUGUAUGACUGGUACACCAAAAAGAUGUCAACAGUGGUGGACAUCGUCAGUAGACCUAGAGAGGAUGGCUUCACUGGGAUCUACAGCUCCUCUCUGCCUGGGUUCUGCUGGUCGGCUGACAGCCAGCGUGUCCUGCUGAACUCCCCUCAGAGAAGCAGGAAGGAGCUGCUUGUGGUGGAUAUAAACACAGGGGCUGUGGAAUCCCUUACCGCCGGUUCAAGCAUGGGGAGCUGGACACUGCUGACCAUUGACCGGGACCUCAUGGUGGUCAGCUGCUCCUCCCCUAACUGCCCGCCCAGCCUGAAACUGGGCUUCCUCCCGCCGGCGGGCUCCGAGGCUGUGAGCUGGGUCUCUCUUGAAGAGUCUGAGCCUAUCCCUGAGAUUGAGUGGAGGGUGCUGACCUUCACCUCUCCACUUGAGCAAGAGAACCAGGCAUACCCUGGCUUGAGUUACGAGGCUCUGUUCCUUAAACCAGCAAAAGCAAAAGAAGGAGAAAAACUGCCUCUCGUUGUGAUUCCACAUGGAGGCCCACACUCCGUGUUUGUUGCGGAGUGGCUCCUGUCUCAGGCUGUCCUGUGUAAGAUGGGCUUUGCGCUGCUUCUGGUGAAUUACAGAGGCUCGAUCGGAUUUGGCCAGGACAGCGUCCUCUCUCUGCCUGGAAAUGUAGGGGACCAGGAUGUGAAGGAUGUGCAGUACUCAGUGGAGAGCGUCCUAAAGACAGAGUCGCUCGAUGAGCAGAAGGUUGCUGUGAGCGGAGGUUCGCACGGUGGGUUCCUGGCCUGCCACCUGAUUGGGCAGUACCCCGAAUUCUACAAGGCCUGUGUGGCCAGGAACCCCGUCAUCAACCUGGCCUCCAUGAUUGGCAGUACAGACAUCCCCGACUGGUGCAUGGUGGAGGCUGGCUUUGACUACAGCACUGAUGCUCUGCCUGACCCUGCUGUCUGGGAGCAGAUGUUGAAUAAAUCUCCUAUCAGACAUGCCCCUAAGGUAAAGACUCCUGUUUUACUAACUCUGGGAGAGGAUGACAAACGAGUUCCCAGCAAGCAGGGAAUUGAGUACUACCGAGCUUUGAAGGCGCUGGGAGUCCCUGUCAGGUUGCUAUGGUACCCCGGUAACAACCACUCCCUAUCCAAAGUGGACGCAGAGUCCGAUGGGUUCAUGAACAUCGCUCUCUGGAUCAGUCAGCACCUUAAGCUGUGACCACUGAAACCUUAACGAUUUUACUGUAUGCAUUUCAUAGACAUGCAUCCAGCAUAGCAGCGGCUUCAAUACAUGUCUACAGCACUUACUGGCUUCAUGUACUACAAAUGAGGGCUGGUGCCAGCAUCUCCUAAUGACCCAUACAUCCAACUCAACAAAUGUAAUACAGGCUAUGUAUAGGGCCGUUUCUUAGUUUAUUAACUGUUAACAAACUUUGUAGCAUAGGGUUAGGGUUAAUAAAAACCUGAUUUAAUUUGCUAAACAU